AUGUCAAAGGCCUUGCUAAAGUCAAGAGCGCCCGGUUGCCAGGAUGGACGGCCCCGGGAUGGCCAGCAGCGAAGAGGAAGGCAGCAGCCCCUGCCCGGCCUGGUGCCCCGCUACUCCGUGCUGGAGGCCGUCACCUGGGGAGCGCUCGGUGCGCUGCUUCUGCAGCUGGUCAGACAGAUCUCGUGGCUGAGGUCGCUGCCGGACACCAGGAGAGAGCACAGGUCUCUCUGGCUUUCUUCGUUGCCCUCUCAGCAGACAGUGGUGACUGAAGCCUCAACCAGCUGUCCCGGUGCGCAGCUGGGGUCCCACUUCCUGCAGAAAGGAAGUCCGGAGGUUGUACCAGAGAAUUCAUCCUCAGGCAUCCCCUCAGGGCAAGGAGAGGGCCAGCCCUGGGCAGAAGUAGGGGAGUUCCAAAUCCCUGAGAGCUCCAGCUUGGAGCCAGUUCUCCGCAGUGCAAAGGGUGACCCAGCUCAGCGAGGGCAUUUGGAGGAAGCUGCUUUCCAAUUGCAGCAGAUUUUCCGGAUUGACAUUUCCAUUGCAUUGAAUAUCCUCGGGAUUGAAAGUAUGAGAGCGGGCCAUUACAGGAUAGCCUACACCUGCUUCAAACUGGCAGCAGAUCGAGGCUACAGCAAAGCCCAGUUCAAUGUGGGUCUGUGUUACGAACAUGGCAGAGGCACGGAAAAAGACUUGGAAAAGGCAGCUUUUUAUUACUACCAGGCGGCCAGCAGCUGUCACCCCAUGGCACAGUACCGCUACGCUAGAUACUUCUUAUGCCACAGACCUGAAAAUGAAUGGGACAGGCAUCAGAAGGCAGUGACUUUCCUGGAGCAAGCAGCAAUGGCCGGGAUUACAGAGGCACAGGCUUGUCUUGGAGUGUUCUACAUGAGAGGACUGCAACCUAAGGAAAAGAGAGGUCUGAAGUACCUGCUGCUGGCAGCGAAGAACGGCGAUGCCCAAAGCAGGUAUCACGUGGGCGUUUGCUAUGAGAAGGGCCUUGGAGUGCAGCAGAACCUGGCAGAAGCGAUUAGACACUACCGACAGUCAGCUGCUGCAGGGAACAGGAACUCCCGAGAGAGACUGCGAGUGUUAGAAGAGGAGGUGGAAGAUGUGCAAACAAAGCAUCCAUUCCCUUCCGGAAUAAGAGCCUCUUCAUCUAGCCCCUGUUUCUGGGCUAUUGAGCGUGUGCCUGCAGGCCUCCACGCCACCCAGCCAAGACAAUCUGCCCUAACCCUGCCCCAUUCUUGGAGCGCAGACGGACUCCACAUGAUGACGCUUGGCAGUGCAGGAUGGAGCCGUGCCCUCAGAAACAGGGCAACGCCGCUGGAGCUGCAGUGCUUGGAGCCCCACCACUGCUGUUACUAGAGCAGUCACUGCCAAGCUGCCUACAGAACAGGAGCACUGUCUUCCAGUCCAAAGCUCUUCCCACGUGCCGACAGCUGCCGCAGAAGCCCCGAGC